ACGCGGAGACGCAGGGGCGGCGGCGCCGAGGGGACGAGCUGCGCACCUGGAAAGUUACCGGCUCUCUGGUCCUUGAGCAACAUGGGAAAUGGUUCCGUGAAACCCAAACAUUCCAAGAAUCCAGAUGGCCACUCCGGGAACCUCACUACCAGCGCCCUCCGGAGCAAGGUGACAGAGCUGGAGAGAGAGCUGAGGAGGAAGGAUGCCGAGAUCCAGGAGCGGGAGUACCAUUUGAAGGAGCUACGGGAGCAGCUGUCCAAGCAGACUGUGGCCAUUGCAGAGCUCACGGAGGAGCUCCAGAACAAGUGCAUCCAGCUGAACAAGCUUCAGGAUGUGGUACACAUGCAGGGGGGAAGCCCGCCACAGGCGUCUCCAGAUAAAGUGCCUCUUGAGGUCCACCGCAAGACCUCGGGAUUGGUCUCCCUCCAUAGCAGGAGGGGAGCGAAGGCUGGUGUGUCUGCUGAGCCCACCACCCGAACCUAUGACCUCAACAAACCCCCUGAAUUUUCCUUUGAGAAAGCGAGAGUCAGAAAGGACUCCAGUGAGAAGAAGCUCAUCACAGAUGCCCUUAAUAAAAAUCAAUUUCUGAAGAGACUGGAUCCUCAGCAGAUCAAAGACAUGGUGGAAUGCAUGUAUGGGAGAAACUACCAGCAAGGGAGUUACAUUAUUAAGCAAGGAGAACCAGGAAACCAUAUCUUUGUACUGGCAGAGGGUCGACUAGAGGUGUUCCAAGGGGAGAAAUGGCUAUCAUCCAUUCCUAUGUGGACGACGUUUGGGGAACUAGCCAUUUUAUACAACUGUACAAGAACUGCCUCUGUGAAAGCUAUUACCAAUGUUAAAACAUGGGCACUAGAUCGAGAGGUGUUCCAGAAUAUAAUGAGAAGGACAGCUCAAGCUAGAGAUGAACAGUACAGAAACUUCCUCAGAAGCGUAUCCUUGCUGAAGAAUUUACCUGAAGAUAAAUUAACCAAGAUCAUUGACUGCUUGGAAGUGGAAUACUAUGACAAAGGAGAUUACAUCAUUAGAGAGGGCGAGGAAGGAAGCACCUUUUUCAUUUUAGCAAAAGGAAAGGUAAAAGUCACCCAGAGUACUGAGGGCCAUGAUCAACCACAACUGAUAAAAACUCUGCAGAAAGGAGAAUAUUUUGGAGAAAAAGCUCUUAUCAGUGAAGAUGUCAGAUCAGCUAACAUUAUUGCUGAAGAAAAUGAUGUUGCGUGCCUGGUUAUGGAUCGUGAAACAUUCAACCAAACAGUCGGGACUUUUGAAGAACUCCAAAAAUACCUGGAAGGGUAUGUGGCAAACCUGAACCGUGAUGAUGAAAAAAGACAUGCGAAGAGAUCCAUGUCUAGCUGGAAGCUGUCCAAAGCACUCUCUUUGGAGAUGAUUCAGCUGAAGGAGAAAGUGGCCAAAUUUUCCUCAUCAUCCCCAUUCCAGAACCUUGAGAUUAUCGCAACACUGGGCGUUGGUGGGUUCGGAAGAGUUGAGCUUGUUAAGGUAAAAAAUGAGAAUGUUGCUUUUGCAAUGAAGUGUAUAAAGAAAAGGCACAUAGUUGACACGAAGCAGCAGGAGCACGUCUACGCAGAAAAGAGGAUCCUGGAAGAGCUGUGCUCCCCCUUCGUCGUGAAAUUAUAUCGCACUUUCAAGGACAAUAAGUACGUAUACAUGCUUCUGGAGGCCUGCUUAGGUGGGGAGCUAUGGAGUAUAUUAAGAGACAGAGGCAGCUUUGAUGAACCCACCUCCAAGUUCUGCGUUGCUUGUGUGACAGAAGCAUUCGAUUACCUGCACCGACUAGGUAUUGUCUACAGAGACCUGAAACCAGAAAACUUAAUUCUAGAUGCUGAGGGCUAUCUUAAAUUGGUUGACUUUGGAUUCGCUAAGAAAAUAGGAUCUGGACAGAAAACAUGGACGUUCUGUGGAACUCCCGAGUACGUAGCUCCUGAAGUCAUUCUCAACAAAGGACAUGACUUCAGUGUGGAUUUUUGGUCCCUGGGAAUUCUAGUGUAUGAACUCCUCACGGGCAACCCACCCUUUUCUGGGAUUGACCAAAUGAUGACCUACAAUUUGAUUCUCAAAGGAAUUGAAAAAAUGGAUUUUCCCAGAAAGAUAACCAGACGACCUGAGGAUUUGAUUCGGAGGCUUUGCAGGCAAAAUCCAACAGAAAGACUAGGAAAUCUGAAGAAUGGAAUCAAUGACAUUAAGAAACACAGGUGGUUAAAUGGUUUUAAUUGGGAAGGACUGAAAGCACGGAACCUUCCAUCACCUUUACAAAGAGAGCUAAGUGGACCCACAGAUCACAGCUACUUUGACAAAUAUCCUCCCGAGAAGGGGGUGCCUCCUGAUGAGCUGUCAGGCUGGGAUAAAGACUUCUGACAGAAGAAAAGAUGAUUACUGCCCUACAUACACAAGAAGACUCUAAGGACCAACAAUCCAACACUGAUUAUUUCUCUUCAGAGUAUUAUACUAUCUUUUAGAAGACCAUUAGAGAAAAGAAAUCCCUGCCCAUGAGCUGGGGGUGGGAAAUAGUGGGUGCGGAGGUGGUUCUGAAUUAUAAUGUCUCAUUUAGCUGCUGUGAAUUAUUCAUGUGUUCUGUUCUUUGCUUUUCUCCAAUGUUGAAGGCUAUCCUAUUCCCCUCUCCAAAGUCAGAACCAUUUUUGUCAAAGGGACAUCAUUUUCUCUGCAAUCUGUUGCUCUGUCCCAAUUAUAUUUGUCUCUUUUGAGUCCUAGUAAGGUUUAAAAAGUGUCUUGCCCUUGAGCAACUAAGUCAUUCAAAUAGAAGGAAGAACAAGGGUGAAUUUUGGAAGAUUUCCCCUGUUCUCAACAAUCCCACGUAAGCAUUAUGGCAUCUUGAAGUCAUGGCUUGCAGUAAACUUGGUAGUCAACAGAAGUUCUUGAUUUUCACCCGUGUUCAACCUAGAAAUAUAUUGAUAUGCUUCUGAACCUAGUCUGGGGAAAGGCAAAUUUGAGUUUUAGUCAUUGGUACCACUUUCUAACAUAGAUGAGUUAAUUAAUCCAGCCAGGUAAUUAUAUUCUAUUGGGGAACUUAGAAAAAAUAAACAAAGCAAAAAAUAUUUUUAUUCUCCUGUGACCAGCUGUGAUACCUCAGAGACUUUUCAAAAGUCUUGUUAAAGGUGGUUAUAAUGUGUGGUUAAUUGAUGGGCCUUUGGAAAGGUUUUAUCUUAUAUAUUAAAUAUUUUCACAAUCAAAU